AGAUUUGUCGGUGCCCUCAAAUUUUACUUGUUUUAAUUUUUAUCAGUUGUACCAUGCUAUAGGUACCUAACUAAUUUCUCAGCUUCGCUAGUCACUACCUCCCAUAACUCUGCUUCAUUCUAAUUUCUCAGCCUGGACAAUGCUUCCAAGCAACAUUGAAUCCUUGUCCUCUCAACCUCAAACUCCCAAAAAAUUCAAAACCCUUGUCAAAAAUGCUUUCACUUCACUCCAUCCCAACAUUUCUUUACACCCUCACCAAUGCCUCUUCAUUUUCCUCAUUCUCUCCAUACAUUUCUUCGUAUUCUUCCUCACACGUACUCCCUCAGCAUCUCUACCUAAAUCUGGUCUUUCCGAUGACUGUAACUCUGGCAGGAUAUAUGUGUACCAAUUGCCACCAAUGUUUAACAGAGAGUUGUUAAGCAAUUGCGACGAUUUAGACCCCUGGCAUUGGCAGUGUGGUAUCGCAACAAAUAAUGGCUUUGGUCGGAGAGCUAGGGAGUUUGAGCGAAUCCUGCCAGCGAGUCUAGCACCGGCCUGGUACCGUACAAAUCAAUUUUCAUUAGAAAUUAUGUAUCACCACAGAAUCAUGAACCACAAAUGCAGAACGUUGGAGCCAGAAUUAGCUACGGCUUUCUACAUCCCAUUUUACGCAGGACUUGCAGUUGGAAAAUAUUUGUUCGACAAUCAUAAAGUACAAGAACGUGAUUUUCUUUGCGAGAUUUUGUUAAUGUGGCUUCAAGAUCAGCCGUAUUGGAAGAGAUCCAACGGCUCUGAUCAUUUCAUUGUCCUAGGCCGGAUCACUUGGGACUUUCGACGGUUAACUGAACCGAAAAAACUUUGGGGCUCCAGCUUCCUCAACAUGCCUUCAAUGCAGCACAUCACUCGCCUCACAAUUGAACGCGCGCCAUCAGAUUACUACGACAUUGGUGUACCUUACCCCACUGGAUUUCACCCUCACUCUCGCUCACAAAUCCUCGAAUGGCAGAGCUUUAUUCGCGGUCUCAACCGUAGUCGCCUCACCAGCUUUGUCGGUGCUACACGUGUCGACAUAAAAAAUGACUUCCGAGGAUAUUUGCUGAAUCAAUGUAGGAAUGAAAACGAGUCGUGUAGCUUAGUUGACUGCGCAGUGACUCAGUGUUCCAACGGUAGCACAGCAAUUUUGGAAGCACUUUUGGACUCGAAUUUCUGCUUGCAGCCUAGAGGCGAUAGCUAUACUCGCAGGUCAAUUUUUGAUUGUAUGAUCGCAGGUUCAAUACCGGUUUUUUUCUGGAAAAGAAGCGUGCAUAAUCAGUACGAGUGGUUCUUGCCAGCUGAGCCAGAUAAGUUCUCUGUUUUUAUAGAUCAUAACGACGUGAUGAGGGGAACGUCAGUGAAGAGGGUGCUUGAGGGAUUUAGUAAAGCAAAAAUCGCGGAAAUGAAAGAGAGAGUGAUUGAGUUGAUACCUAAAAUUGUAUAUGCAAUUCCAGGUGAGGGUGUCUCGAAUAAUAAGGAUGCUUUUGAUAUUGCAGUUGAGGGGGUUUUAGAGAGGUUUAGGAAACAAUGACAAUUGUAAUUACGAGAGAUGGAUAUCAGUUCGUUUGCCUAUAGUUUUAUGAAGAGAAUGUUAUUA